AUGAGUGAAGCUGAAGACAAUCGGGCAGAUGCUCUCAUAGACUACAAUGACGCUAUAGACUAUUGGACUUCGAUCCCUGCCACAGUUGAUGGUGUCCUUGGUGGAUAUGGUGAAGGAACCUCUGUACCAAAAGCUGAUGUUGUAGGGUCAUCAACAUUUCUACGUAAAUUGAAGGCAAGAAUGACUCCAGAAAAAGGUCAAAUCAAAUAUUCAGUGGAUAUAGGUGCUGGUAUUGGUCGUGUCACCAGAGAUAUGUUACACAAGUUUAGUGAUAAAGUUGAUUUGGUUGAACCUGUUAAACCAUUUGUUGAACAGAUCCACCAAGAAUUAAAGCCGUUAAAAGAUGAAGGAAAGUUAGGUGAAAUUUAUGACAUUGGUAUGCAAGAGUUCAUUCCAGAAGAAGGUAAAUAUUGGUUGGUCUGGUGUCAAUGGUGCGUUGGUCAUUUACCUGAUAAAGAAUUUAUAGAAUUUUUGAUAAGGUGUAAAAAUGGCCUUCAACCAAAUGGUACUAUUGUUGUCAAAGAAAACAAUGCUCAAGGAGAUGAUGUAUUUGAUGAAACUGAUAGUUCUGUCACUAGAUCUAAUGCUAAUUUCCAAAAACUUUUUAAAAAAGCUGGGUUGAAACUAAUAGCUACUGAAUUACAAAGAGGUUUACCAAAAGAAUUAUUUGCCGUUAGAAUGUACGCCUUGAAGCCUGAAUGA